GCUCAUUAUUUCCAUAUUCUUUAAGUUCCCUCACGCAGCUUCUUUUCUCUCCAUUCACCCAAUGGCCUGCGAUAUCUCAGCUCUCUCAUGAUGGGAACUGGCGGUGUCUUAUGCUACCCCUAUGAUUAACACCCCACCUCUUCGUCGAGCUGGUCGCCAGAAGCGACCGCGAGUUCCUGAUGCGCUUCGCAAGAGAGCCGCGCGCACAGAUGCCUGUCUUGACGCCAAGACAAGGAAAGAUGUACUUGCACCGUCACAAAUUGUUAUACCCGCGUUUCCUCUCCGUCCUUCGACUAAUCAGGCCUCGGAGCUUUAGGCCAUGCUGGCGGCCCG